CGCGCGAGCUUGCGCCGCAACCUUCUCAGGCACUUCCACUUACAGCGGCGGAGCUCGAAGAUACAGGAGGAGGAUGCGGGUCUCCGGGCUUCUGUCAGGCGCUUUCGCUCUGCAUGUGCUCCUGACCGUGAGAUGCACGCCUUUGCAUGAGGGACGAGGACUCGUGAAGCACAAAGAGCCUCCCGGUUUAUCGCAGAUUCCUCAUUCCCUCUCUGAAAAGAGGAGAGACAGGGCCCCCCACCCUCAGGACACCUUCAAACCUCAAGCAUGGCCAAAAGAUGAGCCACAGCUCAACACCCAGCUCAGGAACAGCCCCGGGGGUGCAGGUCCACUGCGCUGUGGCGUCCCAGACUACCCUGACCAGAGAGAGGUGCAUCUCAGCAGGCACCCCCGACAGAAACGCUUUGUGAUUUUUGGAGGACGCUGGCUAAAAACUGACCUCACUUACAAGUAA